CUGGCAGCAGCUGCGUCGAGACGCUUUAUCCCUUGCCUCGCGAGAACAGAAAAAAGAAAAAAAAAGAAGAGGAAGAGGGGAAGGCAAUCCGAAAGGAAAUUAGGCUAGGGUUUUCGCCAUGGCUACCACCCACCACCUCGAGCUCCCCCUCUCCAUUCCCAAUCUCUCCGACUCCUCCUAAUUAAUCCCGUAUUCCCACCCCCCAAGCCAAGGACAGCAUCUCGCAUCCGCGUCCUUCAAUUGAUUUGAUUGGGUUCCCCCCCUCCAUUUCAGGGUUUCGUUUCGCAUCGCAGCAAUCUUCCCGACCCAGCAAGCUUCUUCUUCCCUUGGGUCCGUUAGGGUUUGAGAUUGAGAGGGGCGGCGCUGGCGAUCGAGAUUGGUACGGCGGCGGAGGCGGAGGUGGGCGGAUAAUGUGUAUACUGUGCGCCGUGCAACGGUGGUCGCGGCGCGUCGCCACCAUGCUGCCAUGGCUGGUGCUCCCGCUCAUCCUCCUCUGGGCGCUCUCCCAGCUCCUCCCCGCCGCCUACCGCUUCGAGGUCACCUCCCCUCGCCUCGCCUGCGUCUCCGUCCUCCUCCUCACCCUCUUCUGGUACGAGAUCCUCCUCCCCCGCCUCUCCCUCUGGCGCGCCCGCCGCUCCGCCCGCCUCCGCGAGGAGCGCCGCGCCCACGCCCUCCAGCUCCACAAGCUCCGCAAGACCGCCACCCGCCGCUGCCGCAACUGCAACAACCCCUACCGCGACCAGAACCCCGGCGGCGGCAAGUUCAUGUGCUCCUACUGCGGCCAUGUCUCCAAGCGCCCCGUCCUCGACCUCGGCCCUGCCGGGACCCUCCCCACCGGCUGGCCCUGCACCCAGGAUUGGCCAAAUGCUGCCGGUGACCCUGCCUACUGGCUCGACCUCCGCUGCUCCUCCGAUAACCUGUACUCGGGGUUCUCGUGGCGCUUGUUCUCUUCCUUCUGCGUCAGCAUGAGGUGGUUCUGGAGGGAAGUGCUCAGAUUUGGCUCCUCGGGGGACGGCGAUGGCUUGGGCCGAGAUGGUAAAAGAUUAGCAAAAGAAGGGGAGAACGGAGCAAAGGCUGAGGAGAGCAGAGUCGAGAAGGCGAAAAGGAAGGCGGAGGAGAAGAGGUUGGCGAGGCUGGAGAAGGAAAUGCUAGAGGAGGAGGAACGCAAGCAACGGGAGGAGAUGGCAAAGCUCGUGGAGGAGCGGAGGAGGCUAAGGGAUGAGAAAGCAGAGGCUGAAGAGAGAUCCAAAGGCGCCACACCUGUUGGGGAGAAGGAUCCUCGGAAGGAAGUGGAACGUAGACGGCAGGAGAGGAGGAGGAAGGACGAGAAGGAUAAGGGAUCAAGCAAGAGCAAUUCAGAUUGCGAGGAUAUCGAGAGAAGAGUAACCAGGGAAGGGGAGAGAAAGCGGGAUUCUGAUAGAAGAAAUGAGCCAGAGAAGCGGGAUGCAACAAGAGUUGGCGCUGAGGGUCAUAAGCCCUAUAAUUUUGAUGCUAACAACCAGGGUAGUAAGACAGUACAGAGCAAGGCAAAGUACUUUGGCCGUAUGACAGGCGGUCUAUUAUCUUCUUCAAGAGGUUUUGGUGGCGGCUCCUUUUUUGGUAGAAGUGCUCAGACCUCUGCUCCUCAAGUUAACAAGGUGACUAAACCGCUUGUUACUGUAACUGACCAGAGUAAUGUAGUCAAAAGAGAUACCCAACCUCCUGCAACAGCCAAAUCUGCUACUGCUGGAGGAACGACAAAUUCAUGGACUAAUGUUCAUCGACCUGUUAGUCCAAAUGUGCAGUCACAGCCUACUGGCCUUAAAAAGUCAUGGCACCAGCUGUUUAGUCGCUCAGCAUCUGUGUCACCUUGUCCUGAUGUUCCUGCUGCAGCCCGUGAAAUGAACGGGCAACCAGAACCAUAUGGAGCACAAAUUAGCAAUGCUCAAAUCUUCCUAUCGCAGUAUCCCCCUCUGGACAGUAACCCUAGUUCAAGCCGCUGUAUGCAAUUUCCAGGUUUUCCACCAGUGAAUGGAGCACCUGCCAACAUGUCACUCUCUCAUUUUCCAGCUGGACAUGUGCCCUACUAUUGUGAGCCAGAACCAACAGUGUUUGAAGAACCAGAACAAUUUGAGGACCCAUGCUAUGAUCCUGAUGCAAUUGCGUUGCUUGGGCCAGUUUCAGAGUCCCUAGAUAACUUUCCUCUCGACUUGGAUAGCGGGUUCAUCUCUAGUGACAUCACCAAGGAAACACAUACGAAGCCUUCACCAAUCGAAUCUCCUCUUUCAAGAUCACGUACAUUCGAGGAUAAUCCUAUUAGGCACUCAACUGGAAAAGGGCCUAAUGGUUCUAUUUUGCCUGAGGCUAGCAAUGAACAGGGGGGCACAUGGCAAAUGUGGGGCACGCCAUUAGUUCAAGAAAGUUUAGGUCUACGAGGUCCUCAGACUGAGUGGCUCCUACCAAACGCAAAUCAAUUUAACCAUGGUGUCAGUCAUUUGAAUGGUGGAACAAGAAGCUCAGUGGGUUCUGGUUUGGAUGACAAUGAUUUAUGGCUGCAGAAAGCGCCUUUCCAGCAAAUGCCUCUUGAUACAAGGAGUCUGUUCCUUUCACAUGAUGUCUCAGAGAAUGCUAUACACAACAAUUUGGAUUUUGGAUCACCAAACAAAUCAGCCCGUUUGCACCCCAUUGGGCCACCUGGUCAUUCUUGGUCCAAGGAGGCAGUGGUGCUGAAUGGACCUCAGGAAGCUAGUAAGAUUUGCUCAUCAACAGGGGCACAUGUUGGCGGUGGCUUUUUUUCAACUAAUCCUGAUGUACAGUCAGUUUGGUCGUUCAAUCAAAAAGAGACAACAUAGAACAUAUAGAACACAAUGUCAAGCCAAUGCUUCCUUGCCUCAUUUGAGUUUAGGAAGUUGAGGUGAUAUGUUGGACUGUAUUCCUUGGACGUGAAUGAUAGUCCCCUUUUAUUUAGUAUCACUUACCUGUUAACAUGCGUUAGCAUUAGGUCUCUCACCUGAUGUUUUGGCGCAUUUAACCUUUUUUUUGGAUUCAAUGCAAAAUGGGCUGGGAACUCAUGGUGCACAAUCA